AUGCUAAGUACGCUCGCAGCUUCGGUCCGAUUUCUAUAUUCCAGCAGAUACAUCGCGUGUUCAGCUACUUGGGGUUCGCACAACUACGCGCCGUUGGUUUGGGCCACGACGAAGAACAUCCAACUGAGCCACCACAUGUACCGAUCUAUGCAAGUAAAGACAGAGUCAAAGAAGGUUGGGCAUUUGAGUCCAACGACGCAACUCGUUACCGUCGUUGCACAGACCUUUACCAGGCGAAACCGAUAUGUAAGGGGUCUAUGCAGACUCCAGCAAAUCCAUUGCUUCCUUAGGAAGUACUGCAUCGUUGGCAUGGUUGCGCAAACAUUGCUGCAGUGUCGCUCCGAGUUUAGCAUUGUCCUCCUAGUAUUUCUCGGGCACGGAAUCACUGUGGGUGAAGGCACUACAUCAGAGAGAAAGAAGACUGCUUAUCACACUGAAGAACGGGAGCAACACGAUACUACCGAUUACUCUCUGGAUGCUUGGAUCCGCGGCCCGUUCGACUUGCGCUAA